CGGAUGACACUUUGACGCAGCAGUUUAGAACUGUCUUCAUAUUUCGAAUUCACAAGGCACUAACACAAAGCCAGGAUGUCGUCAGCGGUGGAUCCUGCGCAGCUUUUGGACAUGGUCUCAUUAAAGCUGAACGUCAAUAUCUUUUUCGUCACUAUUCUCGCUGCCAUCGUACUUUUCAUGCAAUGUGGAUACGCCUUAUUAGAAGCGGGCUCUGUUAGAAGUAAAAACGCCACCAAUAUUGUGAUUAAGGGUUUAUUAUGUACAGUGAUUUCUGUUCUGGUGUUUUGGGGAAUGGGCUACGCCUUCGCUCAUGGUCCCGGCAACUUCUUUCUUGGUUGGCGAUACUUCUUUGGUGAGAGUAUGCCAGAGAUAUUGAAUUCCCACUGGUUGUGGCAUACAGUCCUUGCGGUAACUGCGUCAAGUAUUGCUUCAUCGUCAAUGGCAGGCAGAUGCGAAUUCUACGCUUAUCCACUAAUGACUUUCCUAAUAACAGGCGUGAUCUUCCCUUUCAUAUCUCACUGGUGCUGGCAUCCAGACGGUUGGCUGAAACUUGGAACUAAAGACGGAGUCGGUUACGAGGAUUUCGCCGGUAGCGGAGUGGUCCACGUGCUUGGUGGUACGGCAGCCUGGGUGGCGGCCAUCUUGCUUGGACCAAGGCGAGGCAAAUUCAUCAAAGACUCAAGAAAAACACACAACAUUCCCGGUCACUCAUCACCGUUAUCCGCCCUCGGGGGGUUCAUUCUUAUUUUCGGGCUCUUGGCGUUUAACGGUGGGGCCAAGGGAAGCAUAACGGAAGCAGGAGAUGGACAGAUCCUUAUUAGGGCUGUCAUGAACACUGUCUUAUCUGGUAUGGCUGCGGCAAUGGCGGCUGUCAUUACAAAGAAAAUUGCGCACACACUCUCACAGCAUUGUUGCCGCGGUACUGACCCUGGCUGGACCCUUCAGACCCUCAUCAACAGUACCCUGACUGGCAUGGUGGCAAUCGGUGCUUGCGCUGACGUGCUGUACCCCUGGGGUGCUGCGGCAGUCGGGUGGAUGGCAGGGUGGGCCUACAUCGCCUGGAGUAUGUUCUUGAUGGAGAUUAAGGUUGACGAUCCAAUGAACACAGUUGCAGUUCACCUUGGAGGCGGAUUAUGGGGAGUGAUAGCUCGGCCUUUACUCAAGAUGAAUACUGGCAUAGUGUUUGUGGCAAACAAAAAUUCAUUUCUGGGUUUUGCAUGGAACGUAGCGGGUGCAGCAUCGAUCAUCGGCUGGACCGCAGGCAUCCUGUUGUUGGUCCUGGGUACAGUCCGACUGAUGGGGCUUCUCCGGGUCACUGAAGGGGUGGAAUCAAAAGGCUUAGACGUCCUCCAGCACCACGAGCCCGCCUACCCCGAACAGAUUGUCGGCGAUGAGGCGGAGAGCGAGAUGGGGGAUGAAAAAGCCAUCAUUUCACAGAACGGACAUGUGAAUGGAUUAGGUAAACCAUCGUCGUAUUUCAUGGGACCCCACCUCCAUCGUCAACCAUCAACGACUCGCAAUACCCCGGAAUUAGGCCGUGAUAGAUAUCGCCAGUCAGGACGAAGUCGACACCAUGACAAUUCCGGCCUUGGUGGUUAUGAUAACCCCACUUUUGACCAUACAACAAUGUUUUGAAUGAUUUCAGGCAUGUCAGGGAGGAAAACUGUGAAAUUUGACUGAUAUAUGACAACAAACAGGGUUUUUAUAUAAGCUUAAAUAUCACAUAUUCGUAUGAAAUAUCACCAAUACUCGAAUCGAUGGAUUUCAUACAAGAUGAAGAGCAAAUAUAUAAUCGGGAAUUUUUGGGAAUUCCAUUAGGACCAAAAUACACGUAUAUAUAUGCAUAUAUACAUGUACAGUACUGUAGAAUGAAAUAUACUUAGUCUAAUUAUGAUGAGGAUGGGGAGGUGUCCCAACGAUUCACAGAUGUGAAAACGUGAAUUUCGAAAGUCGUUCAACGUUUUGUUAAGUUCGAGGGAAGAAUUGUGCGCGUAACUUUAAGGUAUUCGGUGGGAGGCAAGUUGUGGACCAAAAUAUUAUUUUCAAUUUUAAAUAUUCAGUUUGAGGUUCUAUCAUAUGCGGGAUGCAUUGUUUCAUCGAUCGUCAUAUUUUUGUUUUGGGAGUUGGGUUACAGUGGUGCCUUUGACCUUCCCCCACACUGUGUACUGGGCAACUGCAAAAAGCAUGGGCGCAUAACUAUUUGCAUACGUUCUUUCCCAGUACAUUGGCUGUACCUGUAUUUGACAUAAUUUUAUAAAAAUUGUCAUAUAAAUAUACACUUUUACUACAAUUAAA